GAUUUCACAUUACCUCUAAUCUGAUGAGAUAAACUGACCGAAAGUAAUAUUCGAGCUCGGUAAUGAUAAGAAAUGAAUACGCUAAUCUCUGAAGCAUGACGCUGAGAAAUAUCUAUAGCAACCAGCGCCGCUGAAAAUUUUCACUUCCUUGCCACAAAAUUGUUCACUCUCUGUAAUGUUUCCUUUCCCAAAUUUUACGUGGUACCGACUCUUUUUCACCGAAAAUUAUCCAAUCGUUAAAACCAGCAACGAACGCCAAUUUUUAAUUUUAAAAAUUACUUAAAUUCCGAAGUUAAUUCUAUGAGAGGUGUCUUCGAUGAACGUGAUUUCGCCGCUGUUCUUCGGGGCCCGUUUCACCGACGAAAAAAAUGAUAACAGAAAUCCAAUUCCGUCACCUAGGAAACCACAUCUAUUUGAAUCGCUGCUACAAGCAUUCCACGCCGAUGUCGAAGAUGAAAGGAACGGCCGGCUGAUGUGGAUCCGGGGCUUUCGCACCGACAAGAAAAAUGGGAACAAUUCCGCGGAUCUCGAGGAACAUCCAUCCGACACGAUUCUUCCCACUAAUGGAGGAAGUGAGAUCAAUGAGCCAGUUUCUGAACCGGUUGGAUCCACAACUCCGGUCCGCGGAACCGGUUUCACUGACGAGAAGGGGCGGAUUCAACCUGGAGCAUCCAAGCUGGUGCAGAACCCGGAAGAUGUAGAGGGCUCAUCGGUGAGCUUAACAGAGCAAGCUUCAAAACAAGAACCGGUUCUGAAAGAGACGGGUGGAAAGUCGGUCGUUUCAACGUCGAAAAUAGAGGAAUCAGCAUUACCCGAUGAGAUUAUGACUCCCACGGCUGCAAUCCACAAUCUGACGAAGGAGGACUCGUCAAAAAAGGGAUCUUCGAAAGAUAAAUCUCCCAAAAAAGAUUCUUCGAAGGAGGCAUCUUCGAAAAACGAGCCUUCGGAUGAAAAAUCUAAGACAGAGACGCUGAGGAAAAAGUUCUUCGGGAAGAAAGAUGAUUCGGAAGGUAGUGAAAAAUCCUCCGUCUUCUCAAUUUUCUCAUCAAAGGAGAAGGAAAUUCCUCCUUUUUUCAACCAGCUAGGGAGGCAACCCUACGAUCUCUUCCACAAAGGUUUUGCUUCGGACUUGAUGAAACUGGAAUUCGACUCAAAACCAGUGACUGACUCUGAUUUCAAAGCGUGUGGAUUGUGUGGCAUUAACGGGUCAAACAUUUAUGGGUUUGUCGAAGGGAAGAAAACCUUACCUUACCGUGGAGUCGAGGUUGCCGCAAAAAUGAACUCAGACAAAGUGAUGCUCACAGAGGUUACAAUUCCGACCCUCUGGGAGAAAGCGAAGGUGUCCCUUCAGUUCACGAAGCCACCGUCACCGCGCGAUCAGAAUUUCGGGAUCAAGGGCGAGAUGAAAACUGAUCACAUUGCUCUGAAUGGAGAGGCCGAGCUGGUUAAGAUGCCAUUAGUCAAGAUGUCCGCUGUUUUUGGCGCUGGUGGUCUUUAUGGCGGAGCUAAAUCCGGCUACUAUUUUCAGGACCGGCGUUUCGGGCCGAGUCAACUGCUGAUGAGCUGGUCGCGGAACAAGACCCACCUGACCGGCGGCGUGAAAGUGGCCAACAUGGAGCAGCCGCAGUCCUCGCCGAAAACGGUCUCGGGCGCCAUCUGCCGGCAGCUCUCGGAGAAGCUCGUCUCGGGGACUGAGGUGAGCUGGAACGCCACGACGGACGGCCCAGUGGGCAGCGUCGUCCUCAAGUACCAACUCCCCUUCGACGCCUCCCUCCGGGCCAAAGUCGACAGCUUCGCCCGCGUCGGCCUCUGCUACUCCCAAGUCCUCGCCCAGGGCGUCACCCUCCACGCCUCGGUCCUACUUGACGGUGGCAACAUCAGGACCGGUGACCACAAGUUUGGGCUCAGCCUCGAGGUUAACUCAUGAGUCGUGGGUACACUGGUACACUGAAAAGAAAGAUUGGUAGAAUUUACCGUUCCUUAACGCUGUAUUCUACACAGCGUGAAUUCAAAGUCGAUUCUGCCAGAGAAAUGGUUACCUGUACCAGUGUAAAGUAUCGUUUACCUUUAUUCUAAGAAUUGACUCUAAAUUGACGCUGUGUGAAAAACAGCGUGAAGGAAUGGUAAACUCUGCCAAUCUUUUUUUUCAGUGUAUGCUCAAGGAAGAACGCCGUAUAAACACUCUAAUGCUGCCAUAUUUAUCCUGAUAAAAUACAAUUUUUUUUAUGAAACGCA